GGGCACAACGUCAGCGGCAGCAUUUCCUGCUUGCUCUCUUUCCACUUGAAGCAAUGGCAGAAGUGAAAGCUUCCGUGAUUUGUGGAGUUCUGGCUGCUUUCCUGAGCUCGGCGGUGCUCGCUUUUGUUGAAGAUCUUGAUGAAACGUUUAAAGACACCAGGGAGAAUGACGUCUGGCUGGUUGACUUCUACGCCCCGUGGUGCGGCUACUGUAAAAAACUCGAGCCGGUAUGGUACGACGUGGGAGCUGAGCUGAAGAGCUCGGGGUCGCCGGUGCGCGUUGGCAAGAUGGACGCCACUGCUUACUCUGGAAUGGCCUCAGAGUUUGGUGUUCGAGGCUACCCCACGAUAAAGCUGUUAAAGGGCGACCUUGCCUACAGCUACAAGGGACCCAGAACAAAAGACGACAUUGUGGAGUUCGCCAACAGGGUGGCGGGGCCAGCCGUCCGGGCUCUUCCCAGCAAGCAGAUGUUUGAACACAUGUUGAAGCGCCACGACGUUCUGUUUGUGUACGUCGGGGCCGAGUCUCCUCUUAAAGAGAAGUACAACGACGCAGCAUCUGAACUUAUUGUCUAUACUUACUUCUUCUCAGCUUCAGAGGAGGCGUUGCCAGAGUCGGUGUCUUUGUCAGAGCUGCCUGCAGUUGUCGUCAUCAAGGAUGGAUCCCAUUUUACGUAUGACGAGUACGAGGACGGCAGCCUGUCGUCGUGGGUGAACAAGGAGCGCUUCCAGGGAUACCUUCAGAUUGAUGGCUUUACGUUGUAUGAGCUCGGAGAAACAGGCAAACUGGUGGCGAUCGCGGUCAUCAACGAGAAGGACCCCACAGAGGAGAGCGGCAGAUUAAAGACCUUGAUGCAGCGGGUGGCGAAGGAAUACAGAGAACAGUUUAACAGAGACUUCCAGUUUGGCCACAUGGACGGGAACGACUACAUCAACGGCCUCAUUAUGGGGGAAGUGGCGGUGCCCUCCGUCAUCAUCCUCAACACGUCCAACGAGCAGUACUUCCUGCCCAGCGAGCCGGUGGAGAGCAUGGAGCAGCUGGUCCAGUUCAUCAGCGGCGUUCUGAACGGUUCUGCACAGGCCUAUGGGGGCGACGGCUUCAUCCAGCGGGUCAAACGUGUGGCCUUUGACGCCAGGUCCACCAUCAUGUCGGUGUUUCGUAGCUCCCCUCUGCUGGGCUGCUUCCUGUUCGGCCUCCCGCUCGGCGUAAUCAGCCUGAUGUGCUACGGCAUCUGCACGGCCGAGUCCGACGACGGCUCGGACGAAAGAAGGGAGGGCCUCACUGACGAGGAGGAGGACGAGGAAGAGGAGGAGGAGGAGGAAGAGCAGCGACAAGCUGCUGAGCUGGAAGGCCCCAACGAUGAUGAUGAUGAGGAGGAGGAUGUCGGCGAAAAGGAUCCCGAAGUGAAGAAAACCGAUUAACGCUGGGGGCGCACAGCGGACGGAGGAUGAUCGGCUUAGUCAGCUGCAGCGACGUGAAACUCAAAGACAUGUGUGUGUGAUGCUACUUUGCGCCUUUGUUUUUCAUCUCACUUCCACUGAAGCUCCCACCGGCACCGAACCGUCUCCUACCUUUCAGUUCUGUGUGUCGGUGCGUUGGACGCGCUGCGCUGCGUGGCGAGGCCUCUGCGUUAAUAACAGCCUAUUCAGUUACAGGGCAUCAACAACAGAAGGGAUGGCUGUGAACACACCACCUUAUUUAUUGAUACAUCCAACCAUGUGAUGGGUUUCACUCGCUCUGAUAUUGUUACAUCAUUCGAAACCACUAAUACUUUUUUAUUUUUGUCCUGCUCUCUGAUUCAGAUCCUGAUAUUUGAAAUACAUAAUAGAUUUUGCAUUUGAAAUUACUCUGAGGUGUCCCAACGUACUAUGUGCCCUUUGAAAUUUUCACGUCGUCAAAUAACAACCACAAACCUUUUUGUUUAUUUUUUUGGUGACGGAUCGAAUCAAGUGGAAGUUAAAGGAUACAUGGUCUGCUGCAAGUUUUCGGGGGUCUCUUGCAGCUUUGCACGUAUUAAACAGGACAUUUUCACUCGUUCGUCUUUUCGACACAGCUAAGGCUCAGGAUGGAAGGUGUCUGUGAACAUAAAUGUGUAGGUUUUGUCAAAAAUAGCUCAAUUAGACGCUGGUCUGGGUCAUUCUGAGACAUUGAUUUGAUCCAAAACCAUUUUGGGAAAUCUUUUGGCAUUUUUUUCAUUAAUUUAGCAAUCUUGCAGCUUAAUGACAGACGUGCCCACCUGAGCUGUGGAUCUCUGCAGCUCCCCCAGACUAUACGUGGGCUUCUUGUCUGGUUCUCUGAUUAAUACACUUCCUGCCUGGCCUGUCAGGGUAGGUAGAUGCAUUUUUGCUUUCUCUAUAUUUCUCCAUGGGCUGUAGAAACCUUGUUGUUUCAGGACCCAAUCCCUCCAAGCUCUGCUGAUAGGGGUGACCUCUGAAGCCAAUUUGCCUCACAGUUUUUAUUUAGGAUCGGAGCAAAGAUUUUUUUUUUUUAAUUAUAAACUCAAGCAUAAUAUUCCUUCUCCUAAUUAAUAUACAGUUAUUAUAUAAAUUUGGUCUUUCACAGCAAAUCCUCCACUUAGAAUGUUGUUGGGUGUCAAAAUGGGAAAAAAUUUCAACUUUUGAAAGGGACUAUAAACUGGAGGCGUUAUGUGUGUAGAGAGAAAAAGAAGUGCCCAAAAAGGAGGAUCUGCCAUUAACGAAAUGUGCUUUUUUUAUUUUUUUUUUGUAUCGUUGACAUUGCCUGAAAACAUUUCUUCUUCUUCUUCUUGAACGGGUGCAAAGUGCCGAGACAGUCAUGCAUUUUAGGCUAUUUUUCUGUCAGCCACCUGUCGGUUUGCGUUGCAAGAUGACGACAGGCGCUUGGAUGGUAAUUUGUAUCACUCUCCGUGAUGCCCAAAAUAUGUGCGAUUUCUUUCUUUACAAAAAAAAAAAAAAGGGGAAAAAAAUCCAUUUCCACCCAAAAAUGACCAACCUACUGAACACAUCUUGUAUAGAUGGGUUCUGCCUGUCAAGCAAAAGCCAUAACAUGCAUCAAUGGCUCCUGUGGCUCUCCUAACAACUCUUAUUCCUCAAAUAGACAGGAGCUGUCUGUUGGCAUGUUUCAUUCUGUCCUCUAUCACUGGUUCCUUUAUACAAUUUGCCUGGCAGGUGGAAGUUUACAUCCCAGUGCUGUGACACGCACACUGAGCAUAAGAAAUAUGAGGACCCUUUUUGUUACAUCCUAUUUUCAAACGGACUCGAGGCUAUCUUUAUCUGGUUUUUCGUAUUUCUCUGACUAGAAUUUGUGAAUUGGGUUAAAUACUUUGCAGGUGAUGGCUUCAUGUUUUAUACAUCGCUUAUUUUAAAUGUUAUAUUGUUUUUUUGUUUUGUUUUUUAUGAAAAAUGCACAAAAUAGUUGGACUUUGAGGUCAACUUUAUUGCUUUGAAAACAUGCCGGUGCCCAGAAAUUAAUUUGACUCUAUAUUGUUUUGAGGAAAUACCAGAGCUGAAUAUUUUCCGGCACUGAUUUGUCCGCCCCAGUUUUCAAAAGGUUAGAAAACACACCUCGAUUCCCUUUUGAAAUUUGGAAAUACAACACGUUUCAAUAUGUACGUCAUUAUUAAAAAGACGGGAAAAGCUGACUUUGCUAAUAGAUGAUAUCUGCUCACCAGCAGCCAAUUAUGUAAAAUAACCAAGAAGAAUGUCGGGUGCUGUGUAAACUUAAACAAAUAAUCAAGUUAGACUUCUCAGCACAAGCUAGCCUGAUUUUUAUUUUCUUUUUUCUCUCUAGCAGAUGGAGGUCAUCUGAAAUCUCUACUGUGAAACUGAGCUUCCCUUGCCUUGUCUUGCCUUGCGGUCUUUGUAGUUGCCUAUUGUUCUUUAGCAAACCUUCUCUUUUAAGAUUGUGGAACUUUAUUACAAAAAGAUUUAAUUAAAGAUUUCCCCCUUUUUUCUUGUUGACUUGUCUGUUUUUCUGUUGUGUAUAAUUACUGUUAAUUGCUGAAAGUUUACAUUAAAGUACUUUUUGUUU